AGCAUAAACGUUUAUGGAGUUGAGAAAAAAAACGAACUCUCCAUUAAAAAGUUCAUCGCAUAUUGUAUUUCCUUUGAAAGUCGUCGACGAGGAGAAAGUAAAUCAUUUUGAUUUACUUUAUAUUACGGAGAACGAAAAUGCUCACUAUAUAUAUAUCAGUAACUUUUCACGACUUAUUCGUUCGCAAUCAUCGAAGCAUAAGGAUAGCCGGGUAUUUUGUAAACGGUGUUUCACAUCAUUUGAUUGUAGAGAACUCAAAUAUAGGAAGAAUGGACAAGCAGGGCUUGACGAUCAUAUGAAAAUUUGUGGGGCGCACAAGCCUAUUUUACCAGAGAUGCCUAAGGAGGGGGAGUGUAUCGAUUUCAAGGCGUGGAAGAACACAGUUAGACAUCCUUUAGUUAUAUAUGCGGAUUUCGAGGCAUUGUUGGUAAAGAUGGAGGAGAAAAAAGGGAGGAGCACGGAAAUUAUACAGAAACACGACCCUAUGAGCUAUGGAUUUUUAGUGAAGGCGAGCGACGACGUACCGGUGUCACUUUUGGAGGAGUAUGAGAUACCGUCAGGGCCGGUAAUCUAUAGAGGAAGUGAAGACAGGACGGACGUGGCGAGGCAUUUUGUAGAGUCAAUAGUUGAGGUGGCCCAUAAAAUUGAAAAUCUGAUGAAGACGAAUAUAGCGAUUAUUAUGACUGAGGGUGAAGAAAAAACACAUCAAGAGUGUAUUGCGUGUAACUUAUGCAAAUGCAUAUUAGUCGGGGGCGAUAAGGUUAGGGAUCAUGAUCAUCUCACGGGCAAAUUUAGGCAGACCUUGUGCUCGGGGUGUAACUUGGGGUUACAACAGCCUAAAUUUGUCCCCGUAUUUUUUCAUAAUCUCUCAAACUACGACUCGCACUUCAUAAUAUCUGAACUUGGUUUUGACACACAUGCUAUAAACGUUAUACCGAACAGUGAAGAGAAAUAUAUAUCUUUCUCGAAAUAUAUAAGUAGUAACUUCACUGUUCGGUUUAUCGAUACGUUCAGGUUUAUGGCGUCGAGUUUAUCGUGCCUGGCAGAAAAUUUGAUUACACCCGAACUCGAGAACUUCCGUGAGACAGCCAAACAUUUUGUCGCCGGAGAUAUGCCACUCGUGACUCGUAAGGGGGUGUACCCGUACGAGUACACAGAUAGUUGGGAGCAGCUGGAGGAGACGCAAUUACCUAGGAAGAGAGAUUUUUAUAGUACGUUGACGGAGACCGGGAUUAAGGAGGAAGAUUAUGAACACGGUAAGUUGGUCUGGGAUCACUUUGGAUGUAGGACGCUAGGCGAGUACAGUGAUCUGUAUCUCAAAAUCGAUGUGCUGUUGUUGGCGGACGUUUUUGAGAACUUCCGCGAUGUAUGCAUGCGGGCAUACAACCUCGACGCCGCCCAUUAUUUCACCGCCCCAGGCUUAAGUUUCGAUGCGAUGUUAAAGUUUACGGGGCAAAAGCUACAAUUAUUACAUGAUUAUGACAUGCUAUUGAUGUUUGAGAAUGGUAUACGCGGUGGAUUGGUGCAGGCGAGUAAACGGUAUGGAAAGGCGAACAACGAGAAGACCCCGGAUUACGACGAGACUAAGGAGAAAUCGUGGAUAAUUUAUCAAGACUGCAACAACUUGUAUGGAUGGGCUAUGUCCCAAUACAUGCCGUACGGUGGGUUCAACUGGGUUGAACCUACUCUGAACGGAUUAGAUGAUUUGGACGAUACCUCCCCCAUAGGACGAGUGUAUGAGGUGGAUGUGUCAUACCCACGACAUUUGCAUGAUAAACAUAACGACCUCCCCUUCCUGCCGCAAAAUAGUGUACCGCGUGGUUCAAAGGUGAGGAAGUUGAUGGUGACGUUUGAGAAGAAGGAGAAUUACAUAAUACACUACCGGAACCUGCAGCAGGCUAUUAAGAAUGGACUAAUAGUUGAAAAAGUACAUAGAGUUAUUCAGUUUAACCAGUCGGACUGGUUAGCAAAAUAUAUAGAGUUGAACACAGAAAUGAGGAAGAAGGCGAAGAACGAUUUUGAGAAAGAUUUUUUUAAGCUGAUGAAUAACGCAGUAUUUGGUAAAACAAUGCAGUCUAAAAGAAAGGAGAUGAAAAUGGAGUUGGUAUCGAGUGAGAGGAGGUUGCAAAAACUUGUUAAUAAAUGUACAUUUAAACACAGCGUCAAUUACACUGAAACCCUUAGCGCAGUCGCUCUGGAGAAUAAAGUGAUAAAAUUUGAUAAACCUAUAUAUAUUGGAUUCGCUGUACUGGAUGUAUCAAAAACAUUAAUGUACGAUUAUCAUUAUAAUGUUAUGCACAGACAUUAUGGUGAUAAUAUUAAACUUAUGUACACUGAUACAGAUUCUCUGAUAUAUCACAUAAAAACCACAGACUUUUAUGCAGACUUGGCGGCCAACCAUAGCUUGUUGGAUAGGAUGGACACCGCCAACCUGCCUCAUGAUCAUCCAUGCUACAUAGCAGAUAGAAAGAAAGAACCGGGUGUCUUUUCUGAUGAGGUGGACGGUAACAUCAUUACAGAGUUUUGCGCGCUGAGGGCAAAAUCAUAUGCCUUCAAUAUAUAUGCUGGACCGGAAGAUGAGGAAAAAGAUGAAGAAGACCGAGUAGGAGGAGAAAAGAUUAAGGCGAAGGGGGUAAAACGACAUGUGGUUAAAAACCACAUGACUCUUGAGGACCAUAAGAAGUGUUUGUUUGGGGGAGAAGGAUUAGAGUUGUAUAAGGAGAAUAUUUCAAUACGGUCAUUUAACCAUCAACUCAUGACCAUAAAGACAAAAAAAUUAACUUACAAUAGCUAUGACGAUAAGAGGGUGGUGUUAGAAGAUAAAGUCAACACACUAGCCCAUGGACACUAUAGUAUAGAAGAAGAUGACAUAUGGCCAGAACUUGAGGAAGAUGGAGGGGAAUGGGGCGCUGAGGAAAAAGAAUUGAUGAGAGAGCUACUACAAUGUAUAACUUAAUUUAUAUAUUUUCUGUUAAUUAGUUUUAUUGUAUAUAUUUUUCUGUUAAAUAGUUUUAUUGUAAAAUAUGUUAUAUAGUUUUAUUGUA